CUAGUCGAAAACCUUCUUUUUUAUUGUUCUGCCAACGUGAACGAUCUACCGCGUGUUGUGCUCCAAUAAAUUAAACGAAGAUGGUGCGUCCAGCGUAUAAACCGAAGAUCGUCAAGAAGCGGACGAAGAAGUUCAUCCGCCACCAGUCGGACCGUUAUGACAAGCUAGCGCCCAACUGGCGUCGGCCGAAAGGUAUUGACAACCGAGUGCGUCGUCGCUUCAAGGGUCAGUAUCUGAUGCCCAACAUUGGUUACGGAUCGAACAAGCGCACUCGUCAUAUGCUGCCGUCCGGAUUCAAAAAAUUCCUGGUACACAACGUCAGCGAGCUGGAGGUGCUGAUGAUGCAGAACCGUGUGUACUGCGCCGAGAUCGCCCACGGUGUAUCGUCGAAGAAGCGCAAGGCAAUCGUCGAACGCGCGAAGCAGCUGGCCAUUGCCGUCACGAACCGGAACGCCAGACUGCGCGCACAGGAGAUGGAGUAAGGGACGGUACGGUUGCGCCGAUGAUGCUGCUGCUGUUGCUGUCUUGAUACACUUUCUUUUGUCGCCCAUGUUCCGUUCAAGUUGGCGGAUCUUUACAAACCUUUCUUUGGAAGAUUGGAUCCGUUUAAGGAGUAAUAAUAAGAGAUAUUACACUUAAAAGGGUGA